ACCACUUCACUUGCGAUGUUUGCCGCUGUAUGUUAGUCCAUCCGAGCCCAUGGCAACUCAGAUGGCCGGCGUUUAAGCGAUGGGAGUCGUGUUGUCGCUCGUGGAGGCGUCUGUGAGCGUGACAGGCAGCAGCGUGGGUCUCUGCACGGUGCUUUGCGGUCUUCACUCCGUUUGCUCAGGCUCCGCGCUCCUGUGCACUGCGGGGCUGCAGGAAGUGCAUCGGGCGCAGGACUCUGUGGGGAAGCAUGCGGCCGAAUAUCUGAGCCGGCUCCGAAGUGCGUGGGACUCCCCACAGAAGGCUGCAUCAGUUUGGCUGCUAUCGCCUUUGGCGAUGUUGCUGUGGAUGCUCUCUCUGCAGUGCUUCCUUCUCUGCCGGGUGGUGUCCGUGCAGCACACAGGCCAAGUGGCGCUACCGGCCCUCGUGGGGGCCUUGGGAGUCUUGUUCGUGGCUCCCAAGCUCUGGUGGUAUCUCAUGAUGGCCGCUGGCCUCCUCGCGCCGCUGCUCACGCUCCUCGUGGCCGAGCAGAGCGCGUGCCGCGCGGACGCGGAGGCGCUGGCAGAGGCGGAGCAGGAGGCAGAGGGACCGGUGGAGGAGGCGGAUGAGGCUGCCCAUGUGAGCGACAUGGAUGGCGAGGGAGAGUGAGCCGGUGAGCUGUGGAGGUUGAAAAA